CCAGUGAUCGGAAGAAGAGAUUAUAGAGAACUUCCUAUUUAAUGUGGACCCAAGUCUUGGUAGGGAAGUCCAGGAAGCUCGACCAAAGGAUGAAAAAUGGACUACGUACAAGAAAAACCUCGUUGAGCUUUACAAAUUGGAGGAUAACAAGUACUCCAUCAAGGACCUUGAGACGAUGACUCAAGAUGAAGAUGAGAGCGUACGGGCAUUUGGGAUGCGUUUCCAGAAGAUCUCCGACGUGCUGAUGAAGAAGGGGAAGAUCUCAGAGGUCGAGCGUUGUACUAUCUUCAUCGGACAACUGUCCAAAGGUAGACAAAAGAGUAUACUUAGAGAUCUUCCGCGUGACAAGCUUGACUUCCCAGAAGUCCUAAAGCUCGCAAUAAAGGCAGAGGCAGACAACUACAAGGACUUGGUGUGGAGAGGGAUGAGGAGACGUGACUUUUUCCUCUACAAGGAGUAUGCCACCGAUAGAUGUCCUGAUUUCAAGGACCAUCCCUGGUCGGAGAAGAAUGAAGCCGUGCCCGAAGAAGUGAAGGAGAUAAGGGACAUGGUAAAGGGAUUGACAAGACAGGUUACAAAAAUUGUAACCACCACAGGAGCCACGGCAUACCGGGACAAGCCCGGAGGGCCCUAUUCACUUCGCUGGGACCGGACGAACACUGAUUCCUGGAGGAGUGUUGAGGAUAGAAAUCCUCGAACGCUGACUGAUUAUCACCGGGACCGCAGGACUCGCGAGACGUAUAGGCGUGCUAGGAGACUCGAUGACUACUCGCGUAGCCCUCGCUAUGAGCUUGACGGGGGUAGAGGUGACUCUCGAGGCCGGUGGGAGUCGGAUCAGGGCCGACGAGACGGAUACAGCAAUGACAGAUAUGCGAGAUCGGACCGAGAUGGACAUAGGGACGACAAAUAUGAGAGAUCAGACCGGGAUGGAUAUAGGGACGGAAGAUAUGAAAGGACGGAUCGAGAUGGAUACAGAGGUGGCGGAUAUGAGAGAGGAGAUCGAGACGGGGACCGACGAGACGACUUGCGCGGACGGUAUGACCGCGGGGGAUACGCGAGAGAGCAGCGCGACGAUUCGCGGGGAUGGUACAACCGAGGAGAUCGACGUGAUGAGUCGCGCGGGCAAUACGACACUGGGGACCGCCGAAACGAUUCACGAGGACGAUAUGAGCCAGGAGGAUCUGGGGGAGACCGCCGCAAUGAUUUGCGCGGCAGGAAUGAGAGAGGGGGAUGUGACGCUUCUGCAGAACCAUAUCCGAAGUCCCCUGACCCCAGAGCAGCGAGAGGUUCUACCUCCAGAGGUGCAGACGACAGGCUACCCACUCCCAGGAACUCUUGCGUCUACUGUAGAGAAGAUAAUCAUAUCAAGAGAGAUUGUCCGGACCUCAAACGGGCAAUAGAUGAGGGACUUGUAGUGCUUGACGACCGCAAGUACGUCAAGUGGGCAGAUGAUCUGGGAGAUGUAUCGAUGUUCCGUUCGAUGAAGGAGAAUGUCGAAGCAAGGAGAGUAAAGCCGAGUAAAGGAAAUGAGUCGGUCAGGAGUCAGAGCAUCAAGACAACUUUUGAGGGGGAUAUGGCGACCACACCCAUAAGGGUGGCAGCCACCAAGUCGGCGAGAUGGUCUACAUCGAAGAAGACUGACACGGAUUACGUGAUGGCGGAGAAGGACGGACAACGGAUCGAUGAAGAGGAGGUUAUUCUUUCGCUGCGGAAGCGGGGAGUGAAGAAGUUCUUGAUGAAGAGUUCGCUGAACGAGAUUGACACGGUUGAGCCACUGAGGCGGGCCCUUCGGCAGCCCAUGCAGUGCUCUAUUCUGGAGUACCUGGCGGCAUCGAAGCCGGCCCGCGAUGAGUUACAGAUGAUCACGCGGAAGACUCGCAUACCUCUAUCAGAGGAGGCUCAGGGGGCCCCUAAGGCAGAAGCUCCUACAGUAGCAGUAACGGGGGUGACUGCCAGAGCAGAUCGCAUGACGACAGUCCUUCUUGAUGGGAUGGAAGGUGUGCCUCCAGACAAGUUUUACAUACUUGGUAGUGGGGUCGUGGAGACGAUCAUAAAUGACGGAGCGGUACUGGAUGCUGUGAUCGAUAACGGCAGUGAGGCUGUCAUUAUAGACGAGGAUCUGGCAGAGCAGGUUGGACUGGGCCUCGAUAGGUCAUACCUAUUCGAGAUAGAGACGGUUGAUGGGAGAAAGCAACAGAUCACUGGGGUUUGUCACAAGGCAGCCAUAGAGGUCCAAGGGGUACGAGUGACCCUGCCUGUCUUUGCAGUCAAGAACUGCAGCUUCGAUCUGCUCUUGGGACGAACGUGGUUGAGCCACGUGCAUGCGGUGACGAUAGAGCGACCUGACGGGAGCCAGACAUUGUCCAUUAAGAAGCUAGAUGGGAUGCGGGUUAUGAUUGAGACAGUGGAGACUCGGGACCCGAGGAACAGAGCAGCUCUCGCAGUGGGAGCAAGACCCAGUGAUCAGAUUAAGUCAUUACCUAUCUCAGGCCGCGCGGUGCGAUUUCGCGAGAAGAAGUAUGGACCACUGCUCACAGAGGAAAAAGGUCGGAUCGUGGAGGUGGAAAAUUUUGGGAGUCGGCUGAUAGUGGACGGCAACUCGUACCCAAAGGAGACAGAUGAGGAAUUUAGCGGGGAGCGAGAACGUGUGAUAGAAAUCUUGAAGACAUGUGAUAAGGCAAUAGCUUUCAGGGACGCAGAGCGAGGUAGGGUUGACCCUCGAUACGCUAAGCCAGCAAGGAUUUACACGAUUCCACAUGUUCCUUGGAAUGACGCAGGAUGGAAAUACGCCCAGAAGGAGAAGGAAGAAGUUAUCGCUUUCCUGAAAGAAAAGAUGGUUUCCCACGUUGCGGAGCCGUCCGAUAGCGCUUAUGCUAAUCGAUGGUUCUUCCUACGAAAGCCGAAUGGCAAGAUCCGAUGGAUCCAGAACCCUCAGAAGGUCAACGUGGUGACGAUACGAGACGUGGGCUCCGUGCCACACGCCAAUUUACUGGCUGAAGGCGCCGCAGGCAGAUCGAUUUAUUCGGUUUGUGAUCUGUUCUUAGGCUAUGAUGAGGUACCACUUGAUCCUAGGGACAGGCACCUCACGGCUAUGCACACGUCAUUGGGACUGAUACAGAUGAUGAUUGUCCCUAUGGGUUGGACUAGUGGGGUAGCCGUUUUUCAGAGAGUCAUGGUAGCCGUCCUCAAGGACUUCAUUCCUGACAAGGUUGAAGUUUUUUUGGAUGACUUCCCUAUUAAGGGACUAGUCCAGAAAGACAAGAUAGAAGUUGUACCAGGAGUUAGAAGAUUCAUCGAGCAACACCUAACCGAUAUUUGCGCGGUUCUCGAGCAGUUAGACGAUGCAAAUUUAACGGUCAGCAGAACAAAGAGUCGAUGGGCCGUCUCGACUAUUAAGAUCUUGGGCUUUAUCUGUGACUCGAGAGGACGCCGAGCAGAUCCGGCGAAAUUAGACAAACUCCUGAACUGGCCGUCACUGUUACAUAGUCCAACCGAGGUCCGACAGUUUUUGGGAGUGGUCGGUUACUGGUGUAUAUUCAUACGGGGGUAUGUGAAAAAGGCUGAGCCAUUGAGGUUACUCCUUCGAAAGACUAAAAAAUUCUACUGGGAUUCCUCGCAGGAACUCGCUAUGCAAGAGUUUAAAGACGAAUUUAAGGAGGGAGGACGCGUACUUGGCGUGUCGUUCUUUGAUGAUGAGGCUGAGAGACCCUUCAUAGUAUCCACGGAUGCUGGACCCUGUUCGGUAGGAGGGUUGCUGUCUCAUAAAGACGCUGAAGGAAAGGAAAGGCCGUUAAGAUUUGAGAGUAGGAUACUUAAUACGGCAGAGCGAAACUACAGUCAAUUCAAGAAGGAAGUGUUAGCUGUUCUGCGGUGUCUAGACACGUUCAGACACUAUAUCUAUGGGCGUCGGGUCAUCUUGAGAGUAGAUCCCACAGCGGUUGCCUCUGUCCUCCAGAAGGAGUUUAGUCUGGCGGACCCGACCAUCGCACGAUGGUUAAUACGGAUUCGACUCUAUGACUACACGGUUGAGAUAAUAUCGGGCACUAAAAAUGCCGUAGCAGAUGGGCUCUCUCGGAUCCCUCUUGAGGGCGAGCGACCGAUAGUAGCUGGAGCCCUGGCAAUGGCGGAGCCGAGACGCGCCGAGCGAUUUCUAGUUAACCUUUACGAGGGCAAAUACCGAACGAUCGGGCUACAUUUGUCAGGGGAGGAGAGUCAAGAAUCAGAUAUCCGGAGACAAGCGGAGCAGUAGUGCCUAAGAGCUAGCCAUCUAUUCC